AUGGCCGCCAUGGAUGCCUUCGCUGCGAUGGACGCCAAUGGGGAUGGCGUCUUGUCGCGAGAGGAGUUCAUGGCAAUGCAAGCGCAAAUGCAAUCCGGGCAGCCGAUGGGCUACUCCACCGGACAGCCAGCGACUUACUCAGCUGGACAGCCAGUGAGCUACUCCUCCGGGCAGCCGAUGGCCUACUCGACUGGACAGCCGGCGACUUACUCAGCUGGACAGCCAGUGAGCUACUCCACCGGGCAGCCAGUGUCCUACUCCACUGGACAGCCGGCGACUUACUCAGCUGGACAGCCAGUGAGCUACUCCACCGGGCAGCCAGUGACCUACGGCGCACCCGCAACAUACUCGGCGGCACCGGGAGCGUACUCGGCAGCACCAGCAACGUACUCGGCGGCACCAGCAGCAUACUCGGCAGCACCUGCAACGUACUCAGCGCCACCAGCCACCUACAGUUCUCCCCCGCAGUAUGUGACAGGACCGUCAGGCGGCUCAGCAGCUAUGGCCCCCCCAGCUGAGCCCACCCAGACCUACACCUCGUCCGUGUCUGCAGCUCAGCCGGCCACAUAUUCGACAGCCCCUGCGACAUACUCCGCUCCGCAGACCAUGCAGUACUCGGCGCCGGCCCAGACCACAUACGCAGUGCCACAGGCAGCACCUGCUCCCAUGUUUGCGCAGUAUGACACCAACAAUGACGGGAUGAUCUCCCGGCAGGAGUUCAUGGCGUACACUACUGCUCCGCCACAGUACUCAUCUGCACCCGUGCAGUAUGCUCCGGCUGAUUACUCCUCUGCCCCAGCGCAGUACUCCUCGGCGCCAGUACAGUAUGCAGCACCCGGGCAGUACUCAUCUGCACCGGUGCAGUAUGGUGGUCCGGCUGACUACUCCUCUGCCCCAGUGCAGUACUCCUCGGCACCAGUGCAGUACAGCGCGCCGCAGCCAGCGACCUACGCAGCUCCGCAGCCGGUGCAGUACGGCGCCCCGCAGCCAGCGACCUACGCGGCUCCACAGCCAGCCACCUACUCUGCGCCGCAGACCUAUGCGCAGCCUGCCCCUACCACUUACACUGCUCCGCCGCAGUACAUCACUGGCCCAGCAGGUGGAAGCGUGUCCCAGCCGGCGCCCACAGGAGGUUCGGCCGCAGUUAUGGCCCCGCAGACUUACACCGCGGAGCCCACCUACAUGACUCAGCCAGCUACCGGGGGCUCAGCAGCAGUAUUUGCGCCCCAGUCGUCCUCAGCUGCAGUUGCUGCUCCAGUUGCGACCUACUCCACUGCGCCAGCGACCUACUCUCAGCCGAUGACCUACUCGUCUCCGCAGCCGGCGACAUAUUCGUCUCCGCAGCCGAUGGCGUACUCGUCUCCGCAGCCCGCGACAUAUUCGUCUCCGCAGCCGAUGGCGUACUCUGCUGCCCCAAUGAGCUUUGCGCAGUAUGACACCAACAAUGAUGGACAAAUCUCCAGGCAAGAGUUCAUGAGCUACAUGGCACCGCAGCAGUCGAUGCAGCAGCCGAUGCCGCAGCCAAUGCCGCAGCCGAUGCCGCAGCCGAUGCAGCAGCAGCAGCCGAUGGUCUACGCAGCCCCUGCUGAUGCGCCCAAGCAGCCGAUGGUCUAUGCGGCACCUGCCGAGGCGCCUAAGCAGCCCCAGCAGCCCAUGGUGUAUGCGGCACCUGCGCCCAAGCAGCCCCAACAGCCGAUGGUGUAUGCGGCACCUGCUGAGGCGCCCAAGCAGCCCCAGCAGCCCAUGGUGUAUGCAGCACCUGCUGACGCGCCCAAGCAGCCCCAGCAGCCCAUGGUGUAUGCGGCACCUGCGGGAGCACCCCAGCAGUCUCAGCAGCCCAUGACGUACGCGGCACCCCAGCAGGCCGCGCCAGUGUCCUCAGUAUCUGCUGUUCAGCCGGCUACAUAUUCCACAGGCCCAGUGUCCUCAGUAUCUGCUGUUCAGCCGGGCCCAGUGUCCUCAGUGUCUGCUGUUCAGCCGGCGCAGUACAGCCCGCAACCAGCGACCUACGCGGCUCCGCAGCCCAUGCAGUACUCAGCGCCGCCGCAGACCACAUACGCAGUACCACAGGCAGCACCUGCGCCUUCCAUGUUUGCGCAGUAUGACACCAACAAUGAUGGGAUGAUCUCCCGCCAAGAGUUCAUGACGUACACCACUGCUCCGCCACAGUAUAUGACAGGACCGUCAGGCGGCUCGGCAGCAGUGAUGGCCCCAGCUGAGCCCACCCAGACCUACGCAGCUCCAGCGACCUACUCUGCGCCGCAGACCUAUGCGCAGCCUGCCACCUACACUGCUCCACCGCAAUACAUGACCGGCCCGGCUACAACAAUGGGAGGGUCAGCAUCUGCUAUCGCGCCCCAGCCAGUUUCCUCGGUGUCUGCUGUUCAGCCAGCCACAUAUUCCACAGCCCCUGCGACCUACUCGUCUCCGCAGCCGGUGCAGUACAGCGCCCCACAGCCAGCGACCUACGCGGCUCCGCAGCCGGUGCAGUACGGCGCACCGCAGCCAGCGACCUACGCCGCUCCACAGCCAGCGACCUACUCUGCGCCGCAGACCUAUGCGCAGCCUGCCCCUACCACCUACACUGCUCCGCCGCAGUACGUGACAGGACCGUCAGGCGGCUCAGCAGCUAUGGCCCCAGCUGAGCCCACCCAGACCUACACCUCGUCCGUGUCUGCAGCUCAGCCGGCCACAUAUUCGACAGCCCCUGCGACAUACUCCGCUCCGCAGACCAUGCAGUACUCGGCGCCGGCCCAGACCACAUACGCAGUGCCACAGGCAGCACCUGCUCCCAUGUUUGCGCAGUAUGACACCAACAAUGACGGGAUGAUCUCACGGCAGGAGUUCAUGGCGUACACUACUGCUCCGCCACAGUACUCAUCUGCACCCGUGCAGUAUGGUGCUCCGGCUGAUUACUCCUCUGCCCCAGUGCAGUACUCCUCGGCACCAGUGCAGUACGCAGCGCCCGGACAGUACUCAUCUGCACCGAUGCAGUACGGUGCUCCGGCUGACUACUCUUCUGCCCCAGUGCAGUACUCUUCGGCACCAGUGCAGUACGCAGCGCCCGGACAGUACUCAUCUGCACCGGUGCAGUAUGGUGCUCCGGCUGACUACUCUUCUGCCCCAGUGCAGUACUCCGCGGCACCAGUGCAGUACGCAGCUCCCGGACAGUACUCAUCCGCGCCGAUGCAGUACUCCUCAGCACCAAUGCAAUACUCAUCUGCACCAGGCCAGUACAUGACCAGCGCUGGGACACAACCGGCAGACUUGUUCGCGCAGUUGGAUGCCAAUGGCGACGGCACCUUGACCCGGGAGGAGUUUGCAGCCAUGAUGGCGGGCCGCUGA